ACUAACCCGACUCCACAACAUGGCAGAGAAGAAUUGUGAUUCCAGCAAAGAAAUUGUGUUGAAAGUUUUAAUGCAUUGUGAAGGAUGCAAAAGUAAGGUUUCCAGUUGCUUGAGAUGUUUUGAAGGUGUUGAAGAGGUUGUGGUUGAUUAUCCAAACAACAGAGUGGUUGUGAAAGGAAAAAGGGCUGAUCCAUUGAAGGUUUUGGAGAGAGUUCAAAAGAAGUAUAGCAGAAAUGCUGAACUUAUAUCUCCCAAACUAAAACCAGAAAACAAAGAGAAAAGGCAGCCAGAAAAGAAAGAAGUGGCUCUGCCUCCUGUGAAAGUUGUGGUGCUCAAAAUAUUGAUGCAUUGUCAAGGUUGUGAAACUGAUAUUAAGAACUGCUUGGAGGGAUUGAAAGGUGUUCUAAAUGUAGAAGCAAACAUGGAGACUUCAAUGGUGACUGUGAGGGGCAUAGUUGAUCCACCAAAGCUCAUAGAAUACAUCAAGAAACAAUUGGGAAAACAUGCUGAGUUUGUCAAGCAAGAAGAGGAAAUAGGACGAGGCAAGGUCAAGGAAAAAGAGAAGGGCAAGGAUGCUAAUAGUAAAAGUAAUGAUAAUAGUAAAAGUAAUACCAAUAAUAAGAUCUGCCCAGAAGUAGUGGAAAUUAGGUUCCAAUAUCCUCCUCAAUAUUCAGUUGAACAUAUUUACCCCUGUCAAACUUUUAGUGACGAAAAUCCUUUGGCAUGUUCGUUAAUGUAAACCAUGUUAAAGCUUGUAAUUUUGAUGGUGGUAGUGCAGAA